GGACUCUCGAGCACGGAGGCGUGGGCCGGGGCGUUGGGGGCGGCCCCUCGCCUUCUAGCUCCCCCUCUCCCUGCGCGGCGCUCGCUGGCCGAGGGGCUCAUAAACCGUCCCCGUGGGAACCAGCUGGGCCAUGGGACCCUCCUCACCUCCGGCCAGUCUGAUCCAACCUCUCGCUGUCCAAAAUCGCUUUAAUUUUAACAGUACUUGUCUUAGAAGGAUUACAUAAAUUUAUGCAAAUCUGGGGUCUAUAUGCAGACUCGGAGGGGGGGAGUGCACGAAAUCACGGGGUCCCUGAGCGCCCUUGGCGUGCACGGUGAGCAUCAGGUCCUCGCGUGCCCAGAGGCCUUGCAGAACUUACUCAGUUCGCGGUGAAGUCUCGGCAUCCGCGUUGCAUUUGCGCAGAAAUCCGCCUUCUCCGGCAUUUGAGACAAUGUCGGGUCGUGUUCUGCGUGGGCUGAUUGCCCGUUUAGCACUACAACCCCGGUCAGAAAGACGCGGCGCCUUUAAGGACUCGACCCACCCGGUCGGGUGACCAGGCCGUCGCUUAGCAACAGGACGCCGCGCGACCCUAGCAGCACGGGCUGCUGAGAAGCUGUACCCCACCUUGUCUGUCUUGCCUGCGCAGCUGCGGUGGACGGCGGGAUGUCCGAGGAGGAUCCCCAAGAGUGCGCGAAGCCUGUGGAGCCCGCGGCCCAGGCUCCCCCGGAGAAAACCAGCGACUACUACCGCGUAGCCGAGGACCUACCGGUCAGGUUCAACAACCCAGCAUGGUUCCGGGGCUACAGGACCAACGAGCCUGCCUCGGUGUACAGGACCAGCAACCAAACUUAUGGGAGCAGGGCCCCCACCGUGCAUGAGAUGCCGAAGGUAUUUUAUGCAAAUUCGAAUAAAUUUUCCAGACGGCUUGCAGCUGGUGGAAUGUUCCGGAACAAUACUCUAAACGUGUACAUGGAGAAGAGCAUCGUGACAGGUGCAGGCAACUGCAUCACCUCCUAUGACCGUUUCAACUUCCAGCCCAGUUACAAUGUCAGCAAGCCGUCCAUCUGCGACUGAGGGCCAGGCAGCCUCCCUCCAGGGGUCCUCUGACCCCAGCGGUGGCUGUCUGGACAGUCGGCAUCCCUAAGCUUUGCUAAUUUUCCCAAAUGUGAAGGUACGGAAUUCACUGCUUGCUCUAAUGUUUUCCUCUCCUUAGAAAAACGUGCAAAUAGAGCUGUAAGGUCCCACUUUCUCAUCUUAUAUGUCUAAGACUGAAAAUAUGCUAAUGCUUUGAUUUUACAUUAAAAACGUUGCCACGUUCUAAAUUCCUGACUCACCGGUAAGCAAGAAAAGGCCAGUGGGCGAAUUCCGGGCCCCAAAUGUUGUCCUGAAUGCCGCUGUCCCCCUGCGUCUUUAUUUGGGAGCCUCGU